UGUCCGGCCAUCCUGUGCUUCAGUCUGUGAGGGUUGUGGGUCAUCUAUGAGGACAUCGUCAGUUGCCUCUAUUCCUAGGUGUUGGCACGGCUGUGCUGGUCCCCGAAGGUGUUGGCUCUGCUUUGCUGGUCCCUGUAGGUGUUGGCUCGCCUGUGUUGGUCCCUGAAGGUGUUGGCUCUGCUGUGUUGGUCCCUGUAGGUGUUGGCUCGCCUGUGUUGGUCCCUGAAGGUGUUAGCUCUUCUGUGCUGCUCCCUGAAGGUGUUGGCUCAGCUGUGUUGGUCCCUGAAGGUGUUGGCUCAGCUGUGUUGGUCCCUGAAGGUGUUGGCUCAGCUGUGUUGGUCCCUGAAGGUGUUGGCUCUGCUGUGCUGGUCCCUGAAGGUGUUGGCACGGCUGUGCUGGUCCCUGAAGGUGUUGGCACGGCUGUGCUGGUCCCUGAAGGUGUUGGCUCACCUGUGCUGAUCCCUGAAGGUGUUGGCUCUGCUGUGCUUGUCCCUGAAGGUGUUGGCUCAGCUGUGCUGGUCCCUGAAGAUGAUGUCUCGGCUGCGCUGGUUCCUCCUCGAUCUGGUCCUGUCCUUGGCCAGCGCCUCUUUUCUGGACACGAAGCAGCCAAUUAUCUUCCGGGAUAGUGACCGCAGUUUCGGACAUCAGGUCGCACAGCUUGGACAAAGGCUGAUCGUCAGUGCCCCCCGCUAUCAAGUGGCAGCAAACAAAACCGGUCAAAUAUAUGGCUGCGAUCCGAGGACCACAAGCUGCUCUCCGAUCCCCAUCACUGGAUCUGAAGAUGAGAUCGAUAUUUCUCUUGGACUCUCAUUGGUGGCUCGGGAGGAUCCUGGUCAGAUACUGGUGUGUGGACCGACCCUACACAGACCCUGCGGACAGAACGUCUACAUGAAUGGACGCUGCUACCAACUGGACCAAAGCCUGAAUGUACAGAAAUCGUUAUCUGCUCCUCCACCAGAGUGCGGUCUGGAUGUUGUAUUUGUCAUCGAUGGUUCCGCCAGCGUUAGAUCCGCAAACUUUAGAUUAAUGUUGACAUUUGUGACAGAGAUAAUUGAUCCCUUGAGGAACACAGAUACACAGUUUGCUCUCUUACAAUAUUCUGAUGACAUCAAUGUUGAGUUCCCGUUCAGAAGAUUUCCCACCAGUUCAGAUCUGAUUGUUGUGAGAAGAAUUAGAUAUCAUAAUGGAGGCUUCACGAAGACCCCGACUGCCAUGCUGAAAGCCGUGGAGGAUCUUUUCAUCCCUUUGUCUCGUAAGGACUCCAGGAAGCUUCUCAUUGUGAUCACAGAUGGAUUGUCAAAUGAUGCAGCUGUUGAUUUUCGAACAGCAACAUCAAAGGCCGAUUCACUUGGGAUCCAGCGUAUUUCCAUUGGGGUGGGAAGUGCAUUCACCAGGGAUAAUGCUAAACAAGAAUUAGAUAUUAUCGCCUCAUCCCCUGACAACAUCUUUCAGGUUAAUGACUUUUCUGCUCUGGAAAAGAUUCAGAAGAACCUGCAACAGAAGAUUUUUGCUAUUGAAGGUACUCAGUCUCUCAGCGGACAAUCCUUUGAGAUGGAGUUUUCUCAGGAGGGGUUCAGCGUAGCCCUAACAUCGGAUGGGGCCCUCCUUGGAGCUGUUGGGGCCUAUGGCUGGACCGGUGGGGCGUAUAGUUACAGGUCGGGGCAGGAGAAGGCCACCUGGAUAAAUAUUACCCAGCAUGCUCCUGACAUGAAGGACUCCUAUAUGGGUUAUUCUCUGCUCCAAGUACAGAGUGACAUCAUCGCCAUGGGGGCCCCGCGGUACCAGCAUACUGGAAGGGUCUUUAUAUUCCAGAGGGACCCCCGUAGCUCACAGUGGAGUCCAGUAGGCCAGGCCACCAGUGAACAGAUCGGAUCUUACUUCGGCUCGGCCCUGAGUGUGCUCAGUACAAGUCCAUCAGCCUUUGUCUUGGUUGUGGGAGCGCCAACAUAUUAUUCUCCAGUAGCUCCAGGCGGACGGGUCUAUCUGUGUCCCAUCUCUAGCCGGGAGAUGACCCCUCAGAGAACAUCUAAAACCUUCCCCUGCCCAGAGACUCUUCAGGGUGAGAGCAGCCAACCUAUGGGUCAUUUUGGCUCAGCCAUCACCGUUCUACCGGACCUGACUGCCGACCAGUAUCCUGAAUUAGCUAUUGGUGCCCCCUUAGAGGACAAUGGUCGAGGAGCUCUGUACAUCUUCCCAGGAAAACCUGGUGGCUUCAGGACUUCUUAUAUACAGCGCAUUUCAGGAAGUCUUCUGGGAGGUGGAGCUCAGUUCUUUGGAAGGUCGGUGGCUGGUGACAUAGACAUGACAGGCGAUGGUCUGCCAGAUGUGACUGUGGGGGGUGAAGGCGUCGCUGUCAUACUGAGAUCUCGGCCCGUCCUCCAGGUUUCGGUGUCCAUGACAUUCAGUCCACACAAGUUUCCACUUUCUUCAUUUGAAUGUGGAGAAAAUAUCCAACAACACACGACAGAGAUAAAUGUCUGCUUCAACAAUGAGCAAAAGAGCCGUGGAGGUGAGACCUCGGCCUCGGUACAGUACACCAUUCUGUUGGAUGCAGGCCGUACCCAGACUCGUGCCGUCUUCUCUGACACCCCACAACCCAACACCCGUCUGAUAAAUUCAUCUCAGGAACUCCAAAGAAGACAACAGUGCAUCAAAUACAAGAUUGUCCUUCCUGACUGUGUGGAGGACUCUCUCUCUCCUCUCCGUGUCAGUCUAAAUUUCUCAUUGAUUGGAAAUCCUGUUCUUAGUGAGGACUCUCGGACCAACUACUCAGGAGAGAUUCCCUUUGAGAAGAACUGUGGUGUGGACGGGGUGUGUGAGGACGACCUGAGGAUGAGUCUGACCUUCAGCAGUCUCCACCUGGUGGUCGGAUUGUCUCUGGAUGUGAACCUGACAGUGUCAGUGACCAAUGCCGGGGAGGAAUCAUACAAUACUCGUGUCCUCAUCCCCUUCCCCCCAGACCUCUCUUUCCGCAGGGUGUCUCUUAUACAGAGUAACAAGCGAGUGACAAUUACAUGUUCAUCAGAGGAGACCCAGAGAGUGCUGACCUGUGGGGUGAACAGACCGCUGCUGAGACCCAACACUACGGCUAUCUUCUUGGUCAGUUUUCAUGUUGCACCAACAGCGUCUUUGGGAGACUCCUUAGCCAUGGUGGCCAAUGUAACCAGUGACAAUGGGGGGGUCCCCAAUGAUCUCAUGAAGUCUUCUACCACCAUAAAAGUGCAGUACUCGGUCUACUUGACCAUCACCAGCCUUGAAGAGUCCAGUAAAUAUGAGAACUUUACAUCCCUGGAGCCGAGCAUCAAACACGUCUACACGGUGAAGAAUCUCGGGGUACACCCGCUCCCUCUCUCUGUCACCUUCCUGAUUCCUGUCCGUCUGGGGGAAAGCACCGUCUGGGACAAGCCCAACAUCACCAGUUCUGAGCCUCAGGUCACCAGAUGUAGAACAAUAAAUGAACCUGAAGGGCCACAGAACCCCCGGGAGCUCCUGAGGGCCAGUCCAGUUCUGAACUGCUCCGUCGGGACGUGUCUCAGAUCCGUCUGUAACAUCAGCAAUAUGGCGCUUGGGGAAGUGGUGACGUUCACCAUCAGCGGACCAGUGACCAAGGACUGGGAGACGCAGACUGAUCAGCAGAAAGUGACCCUCCAGAGCGCGGCCGAAAUUCACUAUGACCGGCAGAUGUAUUUCAUGGAGCAGAACUUCACCCGAGCUCAGGCUCAGACGGUGCUGGAGGUGAUCGUUCAGUAUAACUACCUACCUAUAAUAGUUGGGAGCAGUAUCGGAGGAUUGGUCCUCCUGGCGCUGAUCACUGCCGGCCUCUACAAGCUUGGAUUCUUUAAGCGUCAAUACAAACAGAUGCUGGACGAUACGGGAGGGGAAAAUGCAGCAAACAAUGGACCUGUGGACGCCCCAACCAGCGGAGGCCCGGAAUGAGGAGGCCGUGUAUAACCUGUCACAAUAAACAAGUUUUAGGAAAAUGUUGGUGUUUUUUUGUUAUUG